GAUGUGGAAGGGGGAUGAGUAUGACUUGAGAGGAAAACACUGUACAGUUGGAUGUGUCUACAUGAAGCGCGCAGCCUCUUGAGGUGUGAUAAGCUCACGGAGUGAGGAGGAGGAGAAUAUGUGAAGAUGAGGUGGUGGCUUAUCCUGUGUGUCUUGUGGGGCGGGUCCGGCGCCGCCAUCGACAUUGUCCCGCUGGUCAGUGAUGACAGGGGCAGUCUCAGACACAUGGUCGUGGACAACCAGACACUGUUUAUUGGAGCCACUAACUACAUCUACCAACUCAAUCUGGAUCUAGAAACAGAAAUGGAGAUCAUCACAGGUCCAAAAAAUGAUACACAGAAAUGUGGAAUUAAUUUGGAGACAUGUGCAUCAAUAGCUGAAUUGUCACCCAUGGACAACCACAAUAAAGUUCUCUUACUUCAUUCCAAUCAGCUUGUGAUUUGUGGAAGUUUGUUUCAAGGAAAAUGUGAAAUUAGGAAUUCAAAAAAUAUAAGUGAAAUUUUCGUCACUGGAAACACUGCAGUGGCAUCUAAUGAAAUUGAUGUGAACACUAUUGCAUUUAUUACGCAAGUGAUGAAUAGUGCUACUAAUUCAAUGGAAACAAUGAUUUAUGUAGCCUCUGAAUUCACAAGGUUUGAUAAGUCUAAAAAUUCCUUAGAAUUUAAUCAUAGAAGAUCUCACCCCCUGGUCAGUACAAGGCUUUUUGAUGACUUUUCACUUCAUGGAAAAAUAACUUAUGAAACAGAAAAUAAAUACAUGAAACCUGGAUUGAUAUCAUAUGUUACUGGAUUUGCUUCAGGGAAUUACAGUUAUAUAUUGUUUAAUGAAAGGAAUCCAGAUGAUACAAAACAUUACUCCAAAAUUGUGCAUAUGUGUAGAAAGGAGUGUAGAAAGGAUUACUCAUUGAAAACUUUUCUGGAAAUUCCGUUGACUUGCAAAACAAACAGCAAGACAUUUAACAUUUUGAAGACAGCAGAAGUAUUCAAACCGGGACAGAGUUUGUUGUCAUCACUGCAGGAAAAGUUCCCUCAUCUGACUUCAGAUGAUGAUGUGUUGGUGGGACUCUUUAGUCAUAGUGUGGAAAAUAGCUCAGCUAUUUGUCUGUUUAGUAUGCCAGAAGUGAAAAAGAAAGUACUCUUAAACAUAAAGACAUGUUUGAAUGGAAGUUCAGAGUAUGCAGCUAAUUUGAAAUACAAGAAUGGAUUAAAAUGUACAAAAGUAGACACGAGCUCAUUUACUGAUGCCGAGCUGCUGUGUUCGAGUUCUCUAAAUCUGAUUAUUGACGGGAAAACACCUCUAGUUUCUGCCCCGGUUGUCCAGUUCCCCACCUCACGUGACCCCCACAGCUUUGUAUCCUUGGCUCUUACCAUCACCACUGAAUUCACUGUGGCAUUCAUAGGGAGCUCCACAGGGCAUAUUCAAAAGGUUUUCCUGGAGUCAUCCACUAAGGGAGAGCUAUAUGAUUCGGCUAUCAUGGUGGAUGAGGGUCAUGCCAUCCGCCAGGACAUGGUGUUAGACGAUUCCCAGAUGUACCUCUAUGCCAUGAGUGACAGGAAGGUGGCCAGGAUCCCGGUACAGAACUGUUCCCGAUACACCACAUGUGGUGACUGUCUGUCCAGCAGGGACCCAUACUGCGGGUGGUGCACCCUCAGUCACAGAUGUUCACUGAAAAGUGAAUGUGACAUUCCUACGGCUACACACUGGGUUAAUGGUCCGAAUCCCAACGACAACUGUAUAGCCAUCCUGAACGUCUCCCCACCAAUGGCUCAUGUCUCCCAGGAUAUCACACUGUAUUUAACAGUCCAUAGGAACCUACCUAGAGAUGACAACACCACGUACAACUGUGUGUUUAGUUUUCCUAGCGGGGAUCAGAAAAUCUCCCCAGCGGACCUAAAGAGUUACGGGAUAGAGUGUCAGAACCCUAAUGUAAACGACCUUAGUCUGACCUUCAGCAGUACUCUGGGACACGUCAACAUAAGUCUGGGUAUACAGUGUGUACAGACAGGACAGGUUAUUGUGUCAACACCCUAUCUCCUCUACAAGUGUAGCAGCUUCUCCAGCUGUUCGCGGUGUGUUGACAACGUUUACUGGUGUGACUGGUGCAUCACAGAAAACAAGUGUCAGUACAACACAGAGCAGUGUUCUGGAGAGAAGGUCAGCAGUCGAAAUGAUACUUAUGUACAAAACAACACAGAGUAUAUUGGUAAUGAAGGCAAGAGAGGGAGGCAGUUUUGCCCGAUGGUGGACAAAAUUCAGACAGGCCCUCUGUUUAUACCACAGGAUCAAUCCAAAAUAAUCAUCAUCCAAGGAAGAAAUUUCCCUGAACCAGAUGAAUACAGUGGAAAAAUCUACCUACCGUCAUCUCAGACUCUGAAUGUGCCUGGAACAAGGAUAUCAGCCACACAAUUAACCUUUAAUAUUGAAAAGAUCAAUGCAGCUAUACCAGAUGGAAGGUUUGGUGCAACUAUGAGUGUUUUGUGGACCAAUCAGAAAUUUGUCAUUGAAAAUGAUGGACUUGAAGUGACUCUGUAUAGCUGUAGUGGGCAGGCUAGAGGUGACUGUAGCUUUUGUAAGAACCUGGAAGAAACUUAUCCAGACAUGAACUGUAAAUGGUGUCAAGGGCAGUGUGUCUACAGGCAGCAACCCUGUCCACAAUCCAGAUGUCCAGGACCCAAUGUCACCAGUUUGACACCCAAUACUGGCCAUUUCUUGGGAGGUACAGUUGUCACAAUCACAGGGUCCAAUCUCGGAAUUAAAUUUGCUGACAUUGAGAACAAUGUGACCAUAGCAGGCAUUGCUUGUAACACAACAGCAAGAAGGGAUGAUUAUCUAGCAUCAAAAAGAAUCCGCUGUGUGACGGGGGGUAGGAGUGGAGAGGGGAGCGGUCCUAUCAAGAUACUGGGGGUCACGCUAAACAAAUGUAUCUACUCCUAUAAGACUCCAAUGAUAACUGGAAUUCAACCUAAAUUUGCGGCGGAGUCUGGUGGCAGAAUUGUGCAUCUAAGGGGAGGUAACCUGAACAUUGGGAAUGGCCCUAAAGUUACCAUCAACAAUGACACCUGCUUGGUUAUUAGUAAAAACAUGACUGUCAUUUCCUGUAUUGUGCCUGCUGGCAGUAUGGGUGUGGCUAAUGUCUCCGUCCACAUUGACGGUAACCCCGUGGAUACCACCACCAGUAAUUUCUCGUAUGUGGAUGACCCCACUAUACAGAAUAUUUAUCCAGUUCCUCUCUCCUCCUUUGAAAGCGGAGGAAGAAAAUUGACGAUAAAUGGAACUAACUUUGACGCCAUCGACAGUGCAUUUAUGUUUGUUAUUUAUGGGGAUGGAACAUACUCCAAAAACGAGACCUGCAGUAUCAAGAAUGAGACGACCAUUUUUUGUUGGACCCCCGAGAGCCAGACUCGCACAACGCCGGUCGCUUUUGACACGGACACAGAGGAUGAACCAAGCAAUGGAACAGAGAGGGGUACCCUGUUACAGAUGAUUCAGAUGAAGCCAGUAUUACUAAAACGAGCCAGACGGAACCCCCAGGUCAACUCGGCCCAGCUGGGUUUCUACAUGGACAAUGUGCCCUCGGUACAGGAUCUUAAGACCUAUUUCCCUAGUGUUCAAUCAACACUGUUCUAUGCUCCAGAUCCUGUAAUUCUAGACUUUGAAGAGAAUGACAGGAUGAAAGCUUACACCCAAGGCAUUGUGUUGGAAAUCAAGGGAAGGCGAUUGAAUGCUGCGGCCACUAGAGAGGACGUAGAGGUGUUUGUGGGGGUGGGGCGGUGUAACGUGACCAGUGUUAAUGAGGAAGCUAUCUACUGUAACCCUCCCACUGAUCAACCCGCUCUACGAGACGACGGAAGUCAGCGAUCAGACGGAAUCCCACGUGUGUUUGUCAAGUUUGGAAACCUAGAGAAGAUGGUGGGGUUCCUGAAGUACAAAGAAGCAGAGGAGCAGAACCUGAUGGUGUAUAUUGUCCCUGCCCUCCUGGGAACGGCGGGGGUCAUCGUCAUCAUUGUAUUAGUGGUUUGUUGGAAAUUCCGCAAGCAACAAAAGAAUGCAGAACGUGAAUACAAGAACAUACAGCUCCAACUGGAUAACCUGGAGAGUACCGUUAGAAACGAAUGUAAACAAGCGUUUGCAGAGUUACAGACAGACAUGACGGACCUGACGACGGACCUGGAGGGCAGUAAGAUGCCGUACUAUGAUUACGAGGAGUACACCUUCAGGGUCCUGUUCCCGGGGAUGGUGGAUCACAUCAUACUGCAGCCCCCUCAGAGGAAUGGUACUACAGACAGACAUCCAGACGUGGCCAUCUCUCACUUCAGACAGCUGCUAAACAACAAACACUUCCUGUUGAUGUUUAUACGAACACUGGAGAAACAGAAGACAUUCAGCAUCAGGGACAGAGCCAAUGUGGCCUCUCUGUUGAUGAUUCUCUUCCAGAACAAUAUGGAGUAUAUAACACAAAUCUUGAAGGCUUUACUAAAUGAUCUGAUAGAAAAAAGUAUAGAGACCAAAAGAACAAAGAUCAUGUUAAGGAGGACAGAGUCAGUAGUGGAGAAGCUGCUAGCUAACUGGCUGUCCCUGUGUAUGUAUCGGUACCUCCGGGAGGAGGCAGGUGCCUCCCUCUACACGCUGUAUCAGUCCAUCAAGUUCCAGGUGGACAAGGGCCCCGUAGACUGCAUCACCUGCGAGGCCCGCUACUCCUUGUCUGAGGACAGGCUCCUCCGCACAGAGAAACAGCUAGAGUAUAGUGUGCUCACAUUACUGGUGGAGUUUAAAGACAAGCCAGUGACUAAAUGCCGAGUCUUAGACUGUGAUACUAUUACCCAAGCCAAAGAGAAAAUGAUUGACACGAUGUGUCGCAAUAUUCCAUACACACAGCGGCCAUGUGCUGCUGAUCUAGAUCUUGAGUGGACCAGACAAGGUAAAAUCUUGUGUGAUGAGGAUAGUUCCACCCCUAAGAUAGACGGAUGGAAGCAGUUUAAUACACUGAAGUAUUACAAGGUGGAGGAUGGGGCCGAGAUGACGUUACUGGAACAUCAGAACUGUCGCACACUGCCCAGGUCUCCUAAUGGGUCUUUACAUUCCUCAGGAUUUGCUUUCACAGUGAACAGAGAAGCUCAGCCAAUCACACGGACAGAGAGUGAAGUGGGCUGUAAAUACUGGCAUCUGGUCAAACAGGACGAUUUCAACACAGGGAUCAAAAUCAGCUCAGAAGUCUUCCUAACUCGCCUGCUGGCCACCAAGGGUACCCUGAAGAAGUACAUAGACGAUUUCUUCACCAUUAUCCUGACGGCCAAUGAGAGCAUUCCUCCCGUCAUUAAGUCGCUGUUUGACUUCCUGGAUGAGGCUGCCGAGAAAAACAACGUAGAACCCGAAGUUGUCUACAACUGGAAGUGUAACAGUGUUCCACUGAGAUUUUGGGUGAACAUUAUCAAGAACCCCGAGUUUGUAUACGACAUCAACAAAACCAACAUUGUGGACUCCUGUCUCUCUGUUGUCGCUCAAGCCUUUAUGGAUAGUUGCUCAACCUCCGACCAAAAUCUAGGAAAGGAUUCUCCCUCCAACAAGCUCUUAUUUGCCAAAGACAUCCCCCAGUACAAGUGUUUGGUGGAGAAAUACUUCCAGGACAUCAGGGCCAUGCCAGCAGUCAGUGACCAGGACCUAAGUGCCUAUCUCAAUGAAGUCUCCAGGAUGGCCACUGAUCGCUUCACCAAAGAAAAUGCUCUCCAUGAACUUUACAACUAUGUACAUGAAUACAGCAAUGCAAUCAAUGAAAGUCUGGAGGAGGAUCAAACAUCUUCAGCCCAGCAACUUCCUGCCAAACUAGGUCAUGUGAUCACAACAAUGGAGGGACCCUCGUCUUCAGGCCCCGCCUUCGUCUGACCUUGACCCCCCACCUGGGCAUUAAUCCCCACUGUGUAGACAAAUACUUAAUCUGUGUCAAAGUGCAAUACUUAAACCAUCACUGGCAUCUUCCAUACAUAAGUGUAAAGACCGUGGUUAUUUAUUCAUGUUUCAUGACUUGUUAUAUUUUAUAAUGAAAUUGCUCAUACUGUGUUCAAGUCUGAUUGUUUUUUGUUUUUUUAAUCGUGAUUUAAUUGUAUGUAUUUGAUAGAAAGAUUAUCCUUUUCUAGAUAGAUUAUCUCUUUUUAAUGUAUUUUUUUUUAAAAUGUAAAGUAUUUACAAAUACUAGUCAAUGAAAAGGUGCAAAUUAAGCUCUCAAACCCCGUAUUGUGUGUACCAAUUGAUUAUUCUGAGUGAUUGUAGCACAAAACAAUUUAUAAAAAGCCCCCAAAACCCUUUUAACAGUUUAGGUUCCAGUCACCUCUAUCAAUUUUUUUUCUCCUCCUGCGAUUAAAACCUUUAAGAUUUAGUUCUUUUUAGUUGUCACCAUUGAAUAAAAUGUCUAUGCAAAUUUGAAAGGUUACUAAAACACAAAUGUGGAUAAAACGGGAUUUUGUGAGAAUGUUGUGUUUGUUUAAUCAGGCCAUUUGCUUAAGUCUUUCAUUUGUAACUUUGAAAUGAAAAUUUCCUUGCCAAAAUACGAGUGGAAGUUUUAAGUCUGCAUUUUUGUGCAACAUUUAAAUAUUGCAGGUUUCAAAGUAUUAAUGAAUUGUUGGUGGUUUAUUGAAUGGAGUGCACCAAUUUCUGACUUUUUGCAUAUUAGUUAUAUCAUUGAUAUAUGUUAAGUUUUGUUAAUAUUACAUGUAGUUUUUUUUAAUCAUUUGUUAGUUUUUGUUGCAAACUUAUAUAAACUCAUUGCCUAAUUGAUAUACAAUUUUUCAUCUUAUGCAUUCAUUGAUUUAAC